CUCUCUCAGCCAAAUGUGUCAGUCAGUUGAUAUUUUAGUGUCAAAAAUUUAACAACACGAGCUGGAUGCGUGGACCGCGGCGGCGACGCGGCGUAGCAAAAUUCGCUCAUUCGUCGUGUUAAUUCUAGUGAUUUGUGUCAUCACAAUUUAUCAAUGAAAAAUACUAAUAUAAUUUAUAAAAAAUUCAACAAUUUUUAUAAACAAUUGUCAAUAAAUAAAACCGGCUUUAUUGACGUUUAACAAUUCCCAAACGUCAAGCGAAUUUUUACAUUUUUUUUUUUUUUACUCCAAAAAUAAAAAAAAUACAUAAAGUCUUCCAAUAAGUGUGUAAUAAAAAUAAAAAAUCAUUGACAAAUGUAUAACAAGUGUAUUAGUUUACGUGAUGUUGGAUAAUAAAAAAAAAUAAUUUAUUUAUUUAUUUAUAAAUAAGGGAGAGAUUAAUAUUUCUAUCAAGUAUUAUCAGGCAUUUCGAUUAUCAAGUAUUUUUUUUUUUUUUUUCUUUCUUUUUUUUUUAAUCAUUAUAAAUAAAAUUAAAAUAUAAACAUUAGUGGUGUAUUAAUGAUACUAUAAAAAACAAUAUGAUUAUAAUUUUUUAUUAUAAAUUUUAUAUCCGGUUUCCAUUUAAUAUUUUUUAUGAAAAUAAUAUUUAAAAAAAUAGAUAAAAAAUCAAAGUCAAAAAUCGAAAUAAAAUUUUAAUUAUUGUUAUUAAUUAUUGUGAAUAAUAAAUUUUUAAAAAAACAUUUUUAUUAUUAUUUAAUUGUGCUAUUUUGUGUAAAUAUAAUUAUUUAAAAAAUUUGUGAAAAAAUGACGGCAAUGCUGAUUUCAGUUGUUGAGUUAUCAAAUAUAUUGGCUGUAUUUGCGGUGUUUCUAAUAAUAUGUUUAUUUGGUGUAUUUUUAAUUGUAAUGCGGAAUAUGGUACUUCGUGUUCACGGUGAUGAUUUUAUGUUUGGUGGUAAUGCUGGUGCCAUGCCACAUUCACCAAGAAUACCACAAAUGAAGAUGAUGAAGGUUCACAUUCCUUUUACAUUUAAACUUCAUGAAAGUUCUAAAAGCACAUAUGCUGAAGUUGAGUGUGAAGUUUCAAGCCAAGUUGAAUAUUCCCUUCAGGCAAUUUGGGGUGUAAGCAUACGUGAACUUCAUCUGGCACUUUGGAAACCAUGGAAUGCAAUGAGGGAUGCAUCAUUAAAUGGUACACUACUUCAAGGACAUGCACAAUAUUUAACACCACCACAAAUUAGACAACCACAUGGUGAAGAAACACUUAGACUAUCAUUACCAGCACCAGAAUUAGAACUUGGUACACCACCACGACUUUGUUAUCCACUUGUUAUAUUUUUAACAAGAAAAGACAACAGAGAUCCACAUCCAGAUGAAACUGUUGCGUUGGUGAAUGUCGUACACAUUAAAGACAGUGUUUGUACACUUCCAACCUCGAUUCUUGCUCAAUAUCUCAAACAGGCCAAUGGCCAGUUGUCCUGCUUGAAGCAAUUGUACCUGGCAACUGGUAAUUCAACAAGUUAUGAUGAGGGUGAUGUUUCAUCUGGUAUUGGACCAGCAUUAGCAUUGGCUGAACCAUGUAAUAAUAGUAAUGGUAAUACACGUGAUGCACUUGUUGCAUCUGGUGCUAGUGAUAAUGAAGGAUCAUUAUGGAAUUCAGCUGGUGAACAGUUGUGUGUUGUUUGUCAAUAUUUUCCAUUAUCACGUGCAUUAUUACCAUGUCGUCAUACUUGUAUUUGUGCAUCUUGUUUUGGUAAAUUAGAUCGUUGUCCAAUGUGUCGUAGUCCAAUUAAAAGUUAUUUUUGUAUACGUGGUGAAGAAUAUAUGCCAAAUGAUAAUGAUAUUAAUCCUUGUAAACAAAGACAAGCAACACAUGGACCAUCACAUUGGCUUCAUGAUUGGAAUGAUAGACUUACUGAUUUUCUUGGUUUUGCACGAUAAAAUUUAUAUUUUUUAUUUUAAAUAUUAUAAUCAAACUUUCAUACGUCCGUAUUGUAUCAUAAUUAAUUAUUAUUUUUUAAAUAGAAUUAGUAUUAUCGACUGCAAAGUUAUAUAAAUAAAUAAAUAUAUAUUUACUUUUUUGUUUUUUUUUUUUGCCAACGAAAGAAGAGACGUUUUUCUAGCUUAAUUUGAUGGAAAAAAUUAACAGUUUUUUGUUUGAUUAAAUUGUCAAUUUUUAUAUUUGACAAAAGCCUAAUAUCAUCUAUCUUUUUCUGUUUUAUUCUUAAUUAAUUUUAAAUGAGAUAAAAAAUCGUGUAAUUUAUAUUGGUUAUCGAUUUUAAUUGAUUGUUUUUUUGAUUAUUAAAAAAAAACUAUCAAAUCGAUGAAAAAUGCUGGACGUCGAUCUCGAUUACGAUAGCGUUUAAAUAAUAAUUAUUAAUCUUAAUAAUAAUUAAGUUGUAAAUACACAGACUGUGAUAAUCCGGAUGAUAUCUAUGUAGAUGUGGAUUGUACACCUACACUUCCAACG